GGCGCACUCCUUCAGCACAGAGAGAGAGAGAGAGAGAGAUAGAGAGAGAGAGAGCGAGAGAGAGAGAGAGUGAGCGAGAGAGAGAGAGGGGUCCAGAAAGCUUUGGAGCGGUGGAAGAAGGAAGAAGACUGUAACUGCUGCCAGAUUUCCACUCUGCACGAAGACCAAAGAACAGCGUGAAUACUUUUCCUUGAAAAAGUUGAGAGAAGCGGACAUGGACGGGAUAAUGUUCGGACGCGCGUCGCCCCUGUGCACCUUGCUCUGGGCACUGCUGGUUUCCUGUGCGGCCUUGACCGUGAACGUUACACCUAAGGUGGAAGUGCUGAAAGGAGAGACCGUCAAACUGCCCUGCACGUUCACUGGCGCACCGGCAUCAGCCAACACUAUCGUCGAUUGGUACAUGGACGAGCAGGGAGCCAGGAAGCGCGUGGCUUUCCGCCCCCAGGGGGGUGACGCCAAGAUUGACGAGGGCACCCCCCUCACAGGCCGCAUCAGCAUGGGAGAGGACUUCAGCUUGACCAUCACCUCCGCUCAGCCCUCCGACGAGCUCCUCUUCUACUGCCAGGUCAUGGCCGGCCCUUCCGGGGUCGCAGAUGCCUCCACUAUGCUGAAAGUCUUCUGGGCUCCCGAGAAGCCAGUGCUCACCAGGCCGUCGCGUCAGGCCAUUUCCGUGGGAGAGACCACCAGCUCCGAGAUCAGCGCAUGUGUGACGAUGAAUGGACAUCCCCAGCCGAGAAUCAUCUGGUUCAAAGAUGGCCAGCCCCUACCUGAAUACAAGGACAGGAAAGAGAAGACCUUCAUGGUCCCCUCGGUGGUGAAGGAGGCCUCGGGUCUCUACACCAUGAAGAGCACCUUGUACAUGCAGCCCACCAAGGCCGACAAGGACGCCGUGUUCCAGUGCACCGUGGAGUUCAGCAUGCCAGGGGACCAGAUCAAACAGAAGAAGUCCGACACCAUCUCCAUCAACCUGAACUAUCCAUCGGAGACAGCAACCUUUUCCCUCGUCAACACCGAAGCAGUCAAAGAGGGCGACACUGUCACCAUGAAGUGUGAGACUGACGGAAACCCUCAGCCCGAGUUCGACUUCACUAAAGACGGAGAGGUCAUCAGCGGUCAGGACGGACUCCUGACGCUGAAAUCGGUCAAGCGCACAGACUCCGGUUUGUACAAGUGCUCAGCCAUAGAUUUCGACAACAUGGACGCUGACCUGAGCGGAAAAAUCAACCUCAAUGUCCACUACAUUGACCCCGUGAACGUGACCCCUGUCGAGCCUCAAGUUGUCAAGCUGGGAGACAGCGUGGAAUGGCAGUGCAAGACCAAGGGCUCCGCCGCGCACACUGUUCAGUGGAAAAAGGGCUCUGAUGUGCUCUCUCAGGACGGCACUCUGUCAAUCCAAGAUGUUUCCUACGAUAAAGCUGGAGAGUAUGUGUGUGUUGGAGCUGUGCCCUCUGUGCCAGGACUGACAGCGGAGUAUAGUGUCAACCUCACCGUCAAAGGAAAGCCGAUGAUCGAGACUCCCGCUGCAGGAGAGGUUGUGAAGGAAGGAGACAUGGUAUCCCUGAAGUGCUCGGCCUAUGGCUACCCCGCCCCUCAGUUCACCUGGAAGCCCUCAGGAAAGGAGUCUGUGUCACUGGAAGGAAACAAGGUGGUGAGCACCGUGACCCUGCAGACCACCGCAGAGAUCCUGAAGGCCGGGGUGACCUGCGAGGUCACCAACGAGCACGGAGCUGAUAGCAAGUCCUUCCCGGUAUCUCUUAAACGAGCAAUUGACAACUCAGCCGACAGAGCUGACAAGCAGCAGGGUGGCUCCAGCGGGGUGGUGAUAGCCGUGGUGGUGUGUGUUCUGCUGCUCCUGCUGAUGGUGGCCCUCAUCUACUUCCUGAACAAGAAGCGCAAGUUGCCCUGCAGCAAGAAAGACAAGAAGGAAGUGGCCAGCGGAGAAGUGAACAACGACAUCGUAGUUGAGAUGAAGACGGACAAGGCCAAUGAAGAGGCCGGUCUCCUCAACAAGAGACCGUCCCCUGAACAGUGUUGAACUGCGUGGAGGAAAACAACCGGCAGAGGGAUGAAGGGAAGGAGGACAACUGUUAUGAGGACAACAGGGCCAAUUUUUGAUUCACUAUACUAGAGGAGUACUGAGAGGAGGGGACACAAGGGGACACGAGGUGGAGCGUGGAUGUGGGUUUGUACUGGGGACAUCGGGAGGCUUAGCAGGUCUGGUAUCAGCAAUGCUUGUUUCAUAACCUGGGGUAGACCUGCUGGGUGGAGUUGCAACCCCCAUUCCUUUUUUUUUUUUAAAGAUCGACUUUCUUCAGCUCCACCCAUCACAGCUGCCACGGGUUAAAGACUCAUAAUCACUGGAUGACGUCACUUUCAUAGCUUUUCCUUAUCAUUAUUUUCAUCUUACUCCUUCAAUCACAUCUUUGACUCCACUGCAGAGUAGAGCUGAACAGUACAAACACGGCGGCACAAUCGUUCUUAUCUACCCCAAAUUAAACAGAAAAUGCCAUUAAGCCACCGUGUGUGUAUGUGUGUGUGUUUUUAAUCGGAAGUGUGUGUUAGCUUGUUUGCAACACUCAGCGUCUACUCUGCUUUGGAGUCAGCACUUAAACGAUCUGCUCUCUGCCGGGUGUAUCACAGGCUGUCGCUCUGCUUUAUCCAGCCCAGUAACAAGUGACGAUUUAUGCUCACGACCAUUUAAUCCCUAAACACACGCCUGUAACCAUUUCCGCUCAAAGAAGCUCCGUGUUUGCUUCAGUGCUGUUUCUUUAAUUGCAUCUUUUGCCACCUGCAAAUGUUCAUUGAUACCCCCCCCCACCCCCCCCAAAUCUCCCUAAUUAGUUUCCAGUAGAAACUCCUCGCUAUAGAAUUGCUUGUUUUUCCAAUCCAGCUAAAAAAAGCCACUGAAACAAGAAAGCUAAUAGGUUGUACAAAUUUGUUCUUCCCAUUUCCAGUGUGCUUGUACAUUAUGUUAGUGCACCACUCGUUUGCUUGUUUUUUUUACUUUGCUCUCAUGUUUUUUUUUGUUUUGUGGAUUCAAAUGCUGAAGUGUACCGUGCACGAUGUGGAGCUCAGAAAGCAUCUGUGGUUAUUAAGCCGCCGCCCUGGGACCGUAAUUGCUGUCAUUUCUUCCCAAAGCCUUUUGCAGCCUCCCCCGAAUGAAAGCGUUUCUCACGAGCGGCGUUUCGCUCAGAGAAUCUAAUUAUCCUCGACUUUCGCUGUAAAAUUGGUGGAAUUAUGGUGGAAAUGGUCGACGGGCUCAAAUAAGAGGCCUGCUGAGCUUGUGUGUGUGUGUUUUGUUUUUCUAACGACAGCCCAGCAGAGCCUCCGGGGGGGGGGGGGCGGCUAAGCUGCAGUAGUCACAGAUUCACCUGUUUGGAGAAAUCAACGGGCAUACGUUCACUCGUUCACUUCACCGUUUAAUAAAAUCUGGGAGGGGGGGGGGGUUGCAGCCCUUUGCUGGAAUAUGUGGUGUACCAUUUUUAUUUUUUACCAAAUGGAAGAUUUUUUGAUUGUCACGGCAGGAGUGUGUGUCUGUGUUUUAAGUUUGAAGUCCUGGCGUCUCUGUUCCUCCUCUACACUGGUCGCAGGCCCGAGAGGUCUGAUAGCGGGUUGAUGUGCCCUUUUACUUUGUUGUACACUGGAACCAAUGGCCUUGAUUUUUUACUUUUUCUAGAAAGGUCACCUCAAACCACUAUCUGCGCCCACAAGGCCUUUUCUUUUCAAAUCAAUGUCUGUCUACUGAUCUUGCCAUAUUGACUGUUAGCAAACCUGUGAUGGCAGGCGAGAUAGAUACGUGAGUGUGGAGCAUCCUUCUUUUGAUUUUAAUGUUUUAUACAAAAAUAAUAUUGUGGUAUGCAAGUUUUUCUUUUUUUUAGGGGAUUCUUCAUUUUUGCAACUACUGAGCUUUCAUUUUCUCCCUCGAUUUCCCGCUCACUGAGAGAAGAGACAUGUUUUUUUAUUUUAUAUUUAGGAUUCUUUAUGAGACAUUCUCAGUGCUUUACUUCUCUCGCUGUACUGUAUACUGUAUAUUUUGUGGUACACUGUUGUGACCUCUGUGGUGUGUUGAUGUAUCUUUUUGUUUUGUUCCAGCUGUGUAAAAUUUAUAAUGAAAAAAAAAAAACUCAAAGAAUACCACUCA